AUGGUAUUUAAUUAUUUCAGAAUGGUAGGGGUUGAUAUAAAGAAAUAUUAUAUAAGAUAUUUAGAAGUCGUCACUCCGUAUAUGGGAUCAUAUAAGUGUCGGGCUCUUAAGCAAAAAGUGAAUCCCUUGCCAAGAGGUGACAACGAUAAAGUCCCAGUAGAACGAUGGCCCUCCUGGACCUACCGGGAGGUGUUAAUAACUGGAAGCAUUGAACAUGGUCUUCCAGAGUACUAUAUUAAGAACUUAAGAAAACUGAAAACUAACGGCGAAGAAGCUUACCUACGAGCAAGGAGACUUCUUGACCGAUACGCUGAAGGAAAACCUUGUGAGUGCAAGGUGCCAGGCCGUAUACCCAGAAAGCCGCUUAUACUAAAAUUAAAUAUGGGAAGAAUACUACCACAGAAAUAA